UGCGGCAGCGCCAGUUCCUCGGCGGGCGCGGGCGACCCGGCUGAGCCCGCGGCCGCUGCCUGGCGCUGGGCGGCGGGAUGUGCUCGGCCGGGGAGCCGCGCGGCGGCGGCGGCGGCGGCGGGGGCGACGGCGGCGAGGAGCGCGACGAGGACGGCGACGCGCCGGCGGGGCGCGAGCGGGAGCCCGGGGCCGGGCGGCCGCGCCGGGGGCAGCGCGCGCCGGGGCCGCGCGAGCAGGAUACUGAAGAAUCACAAAACCGUCCUGGCGAGCCGAUUACAGACGACUACAGAAAGAUGGGAACACUCUUUGGUGAACUGAAUAAAAGCCUGCUCGACAUGGGCUUCACGAGGAUGUAUUUUGGCGAAAGAAUUGUGGAACCCGUAAUAAUCAUUUUCUUUUGGGCUAUGCUGUGGUUCCUCGGCCUGCAAGCCCUUGGACUGGUGGCUGUUCUCUGCCUUGUUAUUAUUUAUGUGCAGCAGUAAGAUACGUUUGGCAGUUGGUAGCCGGCGAUGUAAUCAGUGAGGUUAAUGUAUUUCACUACAAGAAAACAGAAAAGUUUGCCUUGUUUCAAAUUGUGUACUGUUUUGUAAUUAAAUUUUUAAGUGGAUGUUUAAAAUGAACUCAACUCUUGUUUAUAAGAGGGUUGGAAACGACACAUUUUGUAGUUUAUUCAAAACUCUGGUUUUCUGGAGGUGAUCUGCACCCAAUUUGAAACACACCUAUCCCCAUAAGCUCACCAGAAAGUGAGUGAGAAAAAAAAUGCAGGGUAUGGAAUUCAAAUUGGGCAAUAUAGGUCUUGUAAAGAGUUCCAGUACAACAUUUUAGAAGAAGAAGAAUGAAACAAUGAACAAAAAUUGCACCAGAUUUAGAGAGCCCACAAUGUAAUUCUGUAUUAUUUGGGAUAUAUUUGUAUUUCUAUUGAUCUUGCUUAGCUUGAACCACGGUAAAUAAUAAAUCACUAUACACCGUCUUAAUAUUUUGAUGGAAAUCAGUAAAACUAGCAAAUUUUUCUAAGAUUAAAAAGAAUACAUUUUUAUUGCUGGAAAAUUUCCCAAUUUAAAUGUAACUUUUUUAUAAUGUAACACUUGGACUUAGAAUCACUUCAGUAUAUCAUUUGAAGUUUUAGACAAUUUUGGUGCUAAUUACUUUUAUGAAUUUUUUAAGUCUUAUAAGCCAGGCCCAUAGUUGACUAUACCCUAUGGUAAUGGUAUAUUUUUUCUUGUAUCUAAUAAGUUGCUUAUUUUUUUCCAAGAAAGACAUUUUAAACUUAUUUCUUUUUUCAGAAAUUUACAUUUUGUAGUUCUUUUAUAGCAAUUAUUCUAAGAUAUAAGAAAAUCCAUUUCUGAUCUUGACAAAGAUUUUUGUUUAGUUUGUUUUGGGUACCAGGGAUAGACCCCAAGGCUUCAUGCUUGUGAAGCUAUAUCCUAGGCCAAUAGGAACUCUCUUCCUUAAAAAGUGAUUUGUAUAAUGACUGAAAGACUUUACUAUUCCUUAUGGGGGGUUGAGGUGGGGACUGGUUUAUUUUCUUUGAUGUGAUUUUGGAAGGUUCAGUAUUACAAUAUAAAGCCAAAUGCUUGAAUUUGGAUCUUAUUAGUCAGUUGUAAUAAUAUUCUUCUCAGGCAAACUCCAGGUCAAUAAUUGACCAAAUUGUUAUUAAAAUGUCUUAAAUUCAGCACUUUGAGGUUUUAUAUUGAAGAAAGCUUUUCCUUAAAUAUGCUUCGAAAAUGGAAAAGCAGUGAUUUUUUUUUUGGACCUUAUUAACGAAUCUAAAAUCUUUACACUUUGCUCAGAGUUUCUGUAUAAAAUAAGAAGAGGUAGUUAAGAAAAUUAUCGAGAAAUUCAAGUUAUAUAAGAGGAAAAUAGGGUAAUGUAAUAUUUUAAUCUUUGGCAGGGCAGUAGCUAAAGUAUGUAAUGUAUUUAUCCCACUUUGUAAACUUUUUCCAAAUUCUGUUUUAAGGUUUUUAUUCUUAAAUUUUAUUCUCAGUGUCUUUCAUUCAGAAACAGAAAAUUAAGAAAAGUUGUUCAAAUUAGAUGUUUAAAAUUAAAUAAUCCAAACCAAAAAUACCAGAGGGUACUAAAAAGUAUUGUGCAUUUAUAUAAAUACAAACUUUUAAAAUUUGACUUUUUAAUUGUAUUGUAUCGUGUUUUAUUGCAUUUGCAUUUUUUUACAGUAACCAUUCUGAGUUCAAGUUAUUCAAAAAGGGGUCUUUAUCUGUGCAUGUAGAAUUGUGAAGUUUUUAUUGGAUGUAAUAUAUUUAUAUAUGUGCAUUAAAUAUUUUAAAUGCAUUAUUUCCUAAUGCUACAGGGAAUUUUAGUUUUCCUCUAGAAUUUAAAAGAAAAAAAGUGUGUACAAUAAUAGCUCUCACUCCACCAGUGCCUAAUGUUGAAAAUAUUUUAAAAGUAAAUUGCAAUAGUAAUUAUUUAAUAUACUGUCAUUAUUGUGCAUUUGCACACUGCUGUUAAUAGGUAUAAAUUAAAUUAUAUUUUAAAAAUGA